UUGAUUUUGAUGAGCAGACGUGAUCGAAUCACGUGACGUGAUCACGGGAAAGUAAGAGUCACAUGAUUUCUUGGGGGUACUAAACAGAUUUAACAACCGGUUAUCGGUUGUUUUCUCUCACUUCAGGCAUGAUGCAUCUUGUGACUGUGUGUUUGCUGCUGGGAGUGUUGGAGGUGUUUGGAGCUCCAGAUGCAGAUGAAAUCAAAUAUCUGCCUGGACUUCAGAAACAGCCCAGCUUCAAACAUUAUUCUGGAUACUUUCAUGUGGCAGACAAUAAACAUCUUCACUACUGGUUUGUGGAGUCCCAGAAAGAUCCAGCGAACAGUCCGGUGGUUUUGUGGCUUAAUGGAGGACCAGGAUGCAGUUCAUUGGACGGUCUGCUCACCGAACAUGGACCUUAUCUGAUCCAAGAUGAUGGUGCCACUCUAGAAUAUAAUCCUUAUUCUUGGAACAAGAUUGCAAAUAUGCUGUACCUGGAGUCACCAGCGGGUGUCGGGUUUUCUUACUCUGAUGAUAAGAAAUAUACCACCAAUGAUACAGAGGUGGCCAUGAACAACUACCAGGCUAUCAAAACUUUCUACAAGUUGUUUCCCGAGUACAGUAAGAAUGAGUUUUACCUGACCGGUGAGAGUUAUGGGGGUAUUUACAUCCCCACGCUGGCUGAGAUCGUCAUGGAGGACAGUAGCAUUAAUUUAAAGGGAAUUGCUGUUGGAAAUGGCUUGUCUAGCUAUGAGCUUAAUGAUAACUCCUUGGUCUAUUUUGCAAACUAUCAUGGCCUCCUUGGAGCAAGUUUGUGGAAUUCCCUUCAGACAUUUUGCUGCAAAGAUGGAGUUUGCAACUUUUAUGAUAAUACAAAUGUAAACUGCACCACAAGCCUCAAAACAGUUCAAACAAUUGUCUACGCGUCCGGACUUAACAUGUAUAAUCUGUAUGCACCCUGUGCAGGAGGUGUUCCCCAAAGAGUAAGCAUUGACAAUGGACAGUUUGUAAUUCGAGACAUGGGCAACCACUUCAUCAACUAUGAGUUUUCAAAAGCAUGGAACGAGAAAUACAGAGGCGUGGCCGCCCUGUUCAAAUCGACGAGGUUGGAUCCUCCCUGCACGAACUCCACCGCUUCCACCCUUUACCUCAACAACCCGAUGGUGAAGUCUGCCCUCCACAUCUCACCGGAUGCUCUAAACUGGGUCAUCUGCAGUGCUGAGGUCAAUCUGAAUUACGAUCGUCUGUUCAUGGAUGUGAAGAAGCAGUACAUGAAGCUUUUGGGAGCUCUGAAAUACCGUGUUUUGGUGUACAAUGGAGAUGUUGACAUGGCCUGCAAUUUUCUUGGAGAUGAAUGGUUUGUUGAAUCACUGCAGCAGCAGGUUCAGGUUCAGCGCAGGACUUGGAUUUAUUUCAAUGGUGAAACUCAGCAGGUUGGCGGGUUUGUCAAGGAAUUCUCCAACCUGGCUUUCCUCACGGUGAAGGGUUCGGGUCACAUGGUUCCCACUGAUAAACCCAUAGCAGCAUUCACAAUGUUCAGUCGCUUCAUCACCAAGCAACCGUACUAGUUCACACUCAGGGAUUUAGUUCAUUUUAAAACUGAAUUUGCACGGUCACACCUUUUAAAGGUUUCUGUAUCUGGACCACUGACUCGAUUUGUUUUUCUCUGCCUUUGUAUUUUAUAUAGUUUGCGUGGUGGACUCUGUGUAAUGGAUGAAUGUUUUGACGUACAGCUUUUUAUAUUAACGAUUUUGUCAUUUUAGUUUGUCACAUUAGUGACAUUUGCCAUUGAUCAGGUGUGCUUGUUGUCAUUUAAAAAUGAUUUCUUUUGAUUUAUGAUAUUUUGUAUUAGGGAACAAAUCUUUGUGCCUUAUUUUUAUUUUUUUUAAAUAAAAAUCAAUUUUCUGUAA